AUGAUGAGAAAAACAAUUACCAUCGUCACUGCGUUCGUAGUGGCUCUUGUGCUCUUGGUAGUGCUCCUGUCAUCUGAUGCCCCCACGGAGUCAGAGCCAGGAUCUUAUUUGAGAAAUGGAGGUGGAAAGGAACCAUCCUCGCAGAACCUCCAAACUAUUGCACCAAGUGCCGCAAACCCCAUUGAAUUUCCCUCGGAAGAAGUUAAGGAUUCCAUCGACUUACCACUUGGUGAUGUCAAUGAGGAAUAUGGGUCUCCAAAAGAUGGUUUGAACGAUACUGCUGGCGUGUCUUCUCCCGACGAUGAAUCACCCAAACUGAAAAUCGUCGUCUAUGAAACUUCUAAACUCAGCACUUCGCUAGAAACUCUCCUUUUUGUGGCUGAAAGGUAUGGAGUUGAUACUACCAUCGUUGGACAAGGAACAACUUUCAGCGGAUUUGGAUCCAAGUAUGCACAACUCAAGGAAACUUUGGACGAACUCAACAAGGACAAAAAUUCCAUCAUCGCGCUGAUUGAUGGAAGAGAUGUUUUGCUCAAUGUUGCAAGUCAAGUAAGCUAUGACGCCUUCCACGCCCAAAUCCAACAGUUCGUCAGCACUUUUAACGAGCUUACCGAAGGAAAGCCAGAUGCAGUAUUGAUCUCGGGAGAACAGCAGUGCUGUGUUUCAGCUCUUUGUUACGCAAAUUCCCCUGAUUACUACUUUGAUUCCGUAACUGGAGAGCGAAAGAAUAGAGCUUGUCCGUCAGGAGAAGAAGGUUGUAUGUGGAUGGACAAUGAUAGUGUCAGGUAUUGGGAAUCAACAAUGGUAUCGGAAGCAAGAGCACGAUCCGGCUCCAACAACUUCAGUCCAUACUUGAAUGCAGGAAUGAUGGUUGGUACCCCUCAGAAUCUCAUCAAUCUGAUCCGCAGGCUGGAUCUCGGAGAGGAAGAAGAUGACCAAGCAGUUCUUUCUGCUAUGUAUAUACAGUUUCCUGAUUUGAUUGUUCUGGACUAUCAGCAACAGCUUCUUGGAAACAACGCUUGGCCAAGGGGGUUGGAACAUGGUUGCAUCUUUGAUUUUGAUCCAAACUCAAAAGACCUUGCUUACUUGACGAACAAAGAGACUGGAACAGCACCUCUUUUGCUCCAUACCCCUGGAAAGUUCUACGCUUGCUUGGACAUUUUAAUUGAUCGUCUCGGAGGAAUCAGUGAUCACAGAUAUGCCCAAAUCCAGAGCCGUUCCAGUAGUAACUACGGAACCGGCAACUAUGGUAACUACGGUAACUACGGAAACUAUGGUAACUACGGAAACUACGGGGGUAACUAUGGUCCCAGCAACUAUGGCAACUACGGCAACUCCAACUAUGGUAACUACGGGGGGUCGUCCAGCAACUACGGCAACUACGGCAACUACGGCAACGCCAACUAUGGUAACUACGGGUCCAGCAACUACGGCAACUAUGGUAACGCCAACUAUGGAAUCUCCAGUGGCAACUCUAACUAUGGAAACGCAAACUAUGGCAACAGUGGCAGCUCGAACUACGGUGGAUUCAACUAUGGAAGCUCGAACUAUGGCAGCGCAAACUAUGGGAGCUCCAGUGGUGGUAACUCGAACUACGGUGGAUUCAACUAUGGUAGCUCGAACUAUGGCAGCGCAAACGAUGGGAGCUCUAGUGGUGGUAAGUCGAACUACGGUGGAUUCAACUAUGGUAAUGCCAAUUACGGGAGCUUAAGUGGAAACUCGAACUAUGGUGGAUUCAACUAUGGUAACGCCAACUAUGGCAUUUCUACGACUGGUCCCACAGCGGCUCCCACAGAAAGUCCAACAUCGGUUCCAACCAAUGUACCCACAGCGGCUCCCACAGAAAGUCCAACAUCGGUUCCAACCAAUGUACCCACAGCGGCUCCCACAGAAAGUCCAACAUCGGUUCCAACCAAUGUACCCACGGCAUAUCCGACAUCGGGCCCAACAUCAAUUCCAACCACUCAUCCUAGCCAAGCUCCUUCGCCAUCGCCAACAAGUCUAGAAGAAAGGUGUGAAGGAUCUCCGUUUAAGGCAUGUUGUCUAGCUGGAAACGAAAUCUGCUGUGACGUAUGUACAGCCGAAGUGCCGGGACCAGCACCAACCAAAAAGCCUACAUCCAUACCUACAUCGAUGCCCACUUCCAAUCCCACAGGAGAACCAUCAAUUGAAAUUAGCGCGGCCCCUACUGAAGCCCAAGUUGAAUUUGGUGGAUUGGCUGAUGAAGUUCCAUCUUCUUCUCCGACAUCAGAUUGUUCGGAAUAUUUCUCUCCACGGUCAGCAUUCACCACUACAAAUAACAGACCUUUCGCGAUGUCGCCUGAAACACUUUCCAAGACUUGUUCUUCAUUGCAAGAUGUUAUCGGAACCGAUGCUGGAAAUCGGGGAAUGAAAUGUCUCAUCGUUCCUGGUGAUCUGGAAAAAGCUGCCAACGCCAUCGCAUCCCUUGAACCAAAGUCCACAGUGGUUGUACUUUCUGGCUUUCCCUGUUGUGUAUCACAUGACCCACCAACCGAAACGGAUGGGCCUCCAGGCACCUUUGCGAUCGCACGAGCAAUGGCAGCCUUGGGCCAUGAGGUCAUCGUGGUGACAGAUACGUGCAAUGAAGCAGUAUUUGCUGCUGCCUUGAAGAACUUGGCACUUCCUUCCGAGGACUGUGGGUCGGUCGUUCUUCACGCCUAUCCUCCAUCAUUGUCGGAAGAGGAAGAGAAGAAGUUUUCCGAACUGGCGAACGACUGUAGUCUGCUAGUGGCUUGUGAGAGAGCAGGGCCAUCAAAAGAUGGGGUUUGUUAUACAAUGCGGGCGAUAGAUAUGAAUGAAAAGGGACUUAUCGCUCCGCUUCAUCGUCUCGUCAAAGAAUCCAAUGCACCGUUUAUUGGCAUUGGGGAUGGUGGGAAUGAACUUGGGAUGGGGAAGGUGAUCGAUCAGAUUGCAGCAAACAUUCCAAAAGGGGCGACGAUUGGCUGUGUCGUUCCGGCAGAUUAUUUGAUUGCAGCAAGUGUGUCUAACUGGGGUGGCUAUGUGUUGGCUGCUGUCGCAGCAGUCACGAAAGCGAACGAUUCAAAGUCAUUGGAGGCGUGGUUGGAAAGAUGUUUGCCAAGUGAAGAUGAUGAAAUAGCUCUUCUAAAUCGCUGUGUCGCUGUAGGAUGCAGAGAUGGAGUCAGUGGGCAAGUAGAGGCUACUGUUGACGGAAUGCCUCUUGAAACAAGUAUGCAAUGUCUUCGAGACAUUCGCAAAUCUGCAUUGGAUGCUGCAUCCUAA